AUGGACAGCACCAUCAACGAACUAAACGAAGAGUUCAAAACCCUCGCAGGAUUGACGAUCGCGCAAGGGCAGAUACGCUUGAUGCCAGCUAUCAAGAAGAACAUCCGCGCAUUCAUCCAAUGGUGCAGAGACGAGAUUUGCAUGGGACGAGACCCUAUCACAGUGCCAUUUUCUGUUGUUGAUGCAGCCAAACUGCUCAGACGCAUGAAGACACAUGAGCAAUACGUAUACGGCUCCAAGUUGAUGUUGCAACAAGCGCUACCACAAGACUUCACCGACAAUGUCCGAUGGGAGGAUUGA